AUGUCGCCGGCCGAGGACGCCCCACCGCAGACCCCGCCUCCCGCGCGCGGGACGGCGGCCGGAUCGCGGGUGCUGCUGCAGUCGCCGCCUCCGGCGUUCCCGCUCGGCUCCAACGACGACCAGCAAGAGCGCGCCCGCGCCCGCGCCGCGGCGCGUGCCGCCUCCGUCCGCCGCCGAUCCCUCGCCGCCUCCAUCGCGCCCUCCAAGGAUCCGCGCCACGACCUCCUCAACCGCGAGCAGGUCAUGGACCUCUUCCACAACUGUAUCAAGCUCGCAUCCGAGAACAAAAUUAACCAGAAGAACACGUGGGAGCUGGGCCUAAUCGACCAUCUGAGCGAGAUCAUCCAAGCGGGGGCGGACGAGGACGAGGAGACCAACUUUCAGAAGGCAAGUUGCACACUGGAGGCGGGGGUCAAGAUCUAUUCACUUCGUGUGGAUUCGGUGCACUCUGAAGCUUACAAGGUGCUUGGCGGGAUCAACCGUGCCGGAAGGGGUGAAGAGGCUGAUUUGGAGGAAGGCAGCAAUGUUGAACCUGCACAGGAUGAAGGCAUCAACAAAAGGGAUGCUGAUAGGAGGAUUUCACCUGCUUCAACGUUGGAGUCAUCAUUUGAGGCUCUCAAUGUAAAGAAAUUUGAUGUUGCUUUCACGGUGGAUCCUCUAUACCAUCAAACUACCGCUCAGUUUGAUGAAGGUGGGGCAAAGGGCCUUUUGUUGUAUAACCUUGGAGUUUAUGGCAGCUGCCAUGUGCUGUUUGAUUCAUUUGAAGCUCCAGACAAAUGCAUCUUAAGUGAUAUGCAAACUGAGCAGGCUGAGGCAAUUGACCUUUCAUUUGCUAAAGAGCAAAUUGUGGAAAUGGUCACUCAAAUGCGUCUAUGUAAUGAUAUUUCUCCAACUCUAAGGGAUAUUGUUGCUCAAUUUGAUGAAGAAAACCAAAGGCCAUCACAUAGGUUAUCUCCUGGUCAAAUGCCAGUAAUGGAAGAUCCGAUGGAUUAUGAUAAUGAAGCAGACGAUAAUGAUAGCAUGCUACCUGAUUCUGGAACUUGGCAUUUUGGUGGUUGUCAUGACCAUGAGGAUGCAUAUAAUGAAAACUGCAACCCAAUGGAUUCCAUCUCAACAAACUAUCAAGAGGAAUUCAAUGAAUACACUGUUGAAAUUCCUCAGGGUACUAUUGUAGAUGAAAGGCUUGACAAAAUUGCAGAUCUUUUAUUACUUGGCAUGGGCUCUUCAAAAGCAAAUGCUUGGGCAGGACCUGAGCACUGGAAAUAUCGGAAAGCUAAAGAUUUGGAGGCUGUUCCAACUUCAUCUGGUGAUUCAGAAAUAACAAAUAAGAUGAAGAAAAGAUCCAAGGAUAAACCUGACAUUGAUUUCACAAAAGCAUUGGACAAUGAGCAUCCAAAUAUCUUUGCAGCUCCCAAAAAUCCAAAGUCAUUAGUAUUGCCUGCAAACAGGGCUAUGUGCAGCAAUAAACUUCCAGAAGAUUGCCAUUACCGGCCUGAAAGCCUUGUUAAAUUAUUUCUUCUUCCAGAUGUUUUGUGUCUUGCUAAGAGAAGAAGAAAAUCACUUGACGCUCCAAUGGAUAAUGAUGAUGACUUUAUCCCAUCUGAACCUUGGGAAGAUGACAACUUUUGCACUGAUCACGUUGAUGAAGGACAUGUGUGUAGUGAUGUAGAAGAGCCCGUAAAUCUUAUCAAUAAACCGAGACAGGUCAACAAGAUUGAUAUACAGUAUGACAAGGUAUCAAAACAAGUGGAUGUUCAUGCUUUAAAAGAAGUGCUCUGGAAUCACAUCCAUGCAUCUGCUGAGACUAAUGGUCAGGAAAGAGAGGAAACUGAAUCACCGCUGUGCCUAUCUCAGGUGUUACAUGAUCUUCCAAGCAGCAACUCAGAUGCUGUAUCAACUGAUAUUUCGCCACACCUGUAUUUCAUCUGCCUUUUGCAUCUGGCAAAUGAGCACAGUUUGAAGCUGUGUGACCACCCCACGUUGGAUGAAAUCGACAUAUACAUGCUGACUUCACCGCUUGUGAAGUAA